AUGGAGAAAUUUAAGGAGAUCCAGCAACAUCUUCUUCAUCAGAGCCUCAGAAGGUACCCACCGUCUGCAGUGAACCCAUCGUCAAGCUUCCCCAUGGCAAAUACAGGAAGAGAUCAUACUGCCGUUACAGUUACCACUACGGAAUAUAAUCGCACGACGUCGUUGAAGCAAAGAAUCGAAGGAACGAAAUGGCUACUGCAUCCGUUAGCAGAAUCUUCUCGGUCGAACGCGGUAGGGAGGCCUCCUCAAGUCUUGAAGCAUUAUUUCAGUGUUGAAGGAAAGCAUCUACUCGAUUUACUUCACUUGAGUUUUGUCCCCGAACCUCAGGAUGAUUCGCCUCAAGAGAACGUUGAGUUUAUCCAAUCGGCGAAAAAGCUUCACGAUCUCGCUGGAAUUAAGUUCAAAACAGGGGAGGCGCAGAGUUUGCUAGACAUCAGAUUUUGCAGUGGAGUUCUUGAAAUUCCGCGCAUAAAACUAGAUGAUCUCCACACCCAUUUCUUCUUAAACUUCGUUGCAUUUGAACAAUGCUACUCUCAUUGCCCAAAAUAUAUAACCACUUACGCUGCAUUCAUGACUUGUCUCGUCCGCACGCCGAUGGACGCGACAUUUCUGUCCGAUAAAAACAUUAUCGAGAAUUAUCUCGGAACCGACAAAGAGGUCGUGCAUUUCUUCAAAAACCUCGGCAAAGAUGUGCCCUUCGAUAUCGACAGUAUUUAUCUCAAGAAGUUGUUCAACGAAGCGAACGAGUACCAAAGAAAUAUUUUGCACGUGCAGUGGGCGCGUUUCAGAUUCAAGUAUUUUGAGUCCCCAUGGUCCUUCCUCUCUGCUUUAGCUGCUCUGAUCCUCCUAAUGCUCACCACAAUUCAGGCCUUCUUUGCCGUCUACGGAUAUCUGCGUCCGCCAAGUUCGGGCUGACGGAUCAAAGCGGCGGAUCUGUCGCACGUCAUGCACGAACGAACAAAUGACGGGUUGUUGUCUUCUCACUUUCUGAAGAAUCUGAUGCGAGCCUUUUUCUGGUUGUUGCUACUCCUUUCCACUCUCACUUGAGCACGUUUGGCACCAAGAUGAACUUGAUACAGUUUAGCAGAAAAUCCAGUCUUUAAUGACAUUAUGACGGCAAC